AUGGCCGGCGAAUCUGUCUUGACGAAGAAGCCAAGGUUAGACAAAUCCUCUGGCGAGUCGAGUUCCGCCUCCACACGCCGAGAACUCCGGAAGUACGACCCGUACGACGAUGAAUACAUACGACAGUACCUCUUAUACUACUAUCAGUUCCAUAAGAGCGAGGGUUUCGUCAUUGAUUGGGAUAACUUGGACUACCGUUUGCUCACAUAUUUUUUAUGUAUUCAGGGGAGUCGGAUUGAGUUCGUGGAUCACGUUUCGGCAAGUUACAGGUGCUGUGCAGGUAUCCUUUAUUGGGUUACGUUUUGGGCUAAGGAUUUGGCAUCAUCCAAUCCUGAGCCUAGACUUUAUCAAACUAAUGUUCGCCUCUGCGGACCAACCUUCUGUGAGAUGUUAAUCUUCAGGCUCAAACCUACUGAUGAAGAGAUUGCUGCUAUUCAAGUGGAUCCACCUCCUCCAUUGUUUGAUGGUAACCCAGAGUUACCAACAAUAUUGUUCACCGUAACGGGUCCAGGAUCUGGUUCCAUGUCCAUACCCGAAGUUUCCUUCACUCGGAUUCCUGCUGAAGUUGAGCCGACCGUGUGGUCACCAUACGUGUAA